UGGCUUGGCAAGAUUUAAGCUUGAAUGUUUAAUUUGGAGUUGUCGUUGCCAAGAGCGGAUGCAUACAUAGGUGCGCCUCACCCGCCAUGCUAACGGCUAUCUCCAUCCCUUCGCGACUAUGGAGGCGCAUUGCGACGAGCGGAAACCAGGCCAACUAGGAGAGAAAGAUUGUGUUGUGCAACGGAGUUUGAGCCAGACAAGGAGCGAAGCGAGCGAUGAGCAGAGGACGCUUUGGCAAAAUGUUAGGAGAUAUCGUAAGGUGGUGUGUGUGACCUUUGGAUUGACGAGUGCGAUUCUGCUGUAUGGGUACGACAAUGUUGUGGUGGGCACUGUGUCAGGGAUGCCUGGAUUUCAACGAGACUUCGGCAUCCUCCUGAACGACGAAUGGAUCCUCCCUUCUUCCUGGCUCGCACUCUGGAACGUCUCCUCUCCCAUUGGCGCGAUGCUGGGAUCGCUCUUCGGCGGCUGGUUCCAGGACCGCGUCGGUCGCCGCAUGUCCCUCGCGCUGUGCUCUUUCGUCUCAGCACUCGCAGUCGCAGUAAUGUUCGUUUCGUACAUCCCCGCCUCUGCAGAUGCUCGUCGCGCGCUCUUUCUGGUCGGCAGGUUUGGACAGGGUUGCUGCAUCGGCGCAGCCAUGGUGGCCACGCAGACGUACCUCAGCGAAGUGCUGCCCACGGUGCUGAGGGGCAGCGGCAUGGCGUUGUUCCCCGUGUUCACGCUUCUAGGACAAUUGAUGGGCGCAUUGGUCAUUUAUGGGAGUCUCAAGAAAGACAACGGGUACGUGGUCGUCUUUGGGAGCCAGUGGCCGUUCAGCUUCGUGCCCGUCAUCGUCGCAUACUUCAUCCCCGAGAGUCCAGCGUGGUUCAUCCGAAAGAGGAAGACGGAGGAAGCGCUCAGAGCGCAGGCGCGACUUGAUCCUCCUGGCGCCGACACGAAAGCCAUCGUUGACAGGAUAGCGGCGAAUAUUGAGCACGAGGAGGCCACGCAGGGCCAGGCCAAAUUCAAGGAGUGCUUCUCUGCGGCGAAUUCUAGGCGCACGAUGAUUGUGCUAUGGGUUAAUAGUUUGCAGGCUGUGUUUGGACUGCCGUUGAUGGCAAAGGCAAGCUAUUUCAUGCAGAUUGUGGGCCUGGACGCGAAGCGCAGUCUCAUUUUCCUUAUUCUUGGUAUUGUCCUUGGGCUGUUUGCAAAUGUGGCAAGCAUCUGGGUGCUAGCAAGAUGUGGCAGGCGCAAGCUCAUUCUCUCAAGUUUGAGCACCGCGGCGGUGUUGUGGUUGAGCAUGGGCAUUGCAAAUUGUUUCCACGGCAUGGGUGUUGUUUGGUGGACUGGUGCGUCUAUGAUGCUGACCAUUAUCAUCUGCGGAGUCGGUGUUUGGCCUGCUUCCUAUGCGGUCGCAGCAGAAACGUCAUCUCUACAGCUUCGCGCGAAGACGCAGGGUAUGGGCUGGGCUGUCAAUGCAUUCUCAAUUGCUGCGUCUGGUAUCGCCCUGCCGUACAUCUUUAAUCCAGAUGCGGGCAACUUGAGGGGCAAAGUCGGGUUUACAUAUGUAGGGACCUGUGUGUUGGGCGUCCUGAUCAGCUAUCUGCUUGUACCGGAAAUGAAAGGACGAACAGUUGCGGAGAUUGAUAGGAUGUUUGACAUCGGAUUGAGGACCCGGGACUUCAGAUCGUAUCGAGAUAAUAGUGUGCAGCAGGAUGCCUAGG